AACCUGUAUGGCUUGCAGCGUACUUAUCAAGGUGGCACAGCCAUUCUUCGUCGGUAUCUGGCGGUGUGGUUAACCCUGCACAGGUCAGAGUAGUCGGCCUUCCUGGUCUCAUGGGAAUACAAGCUGUGUGGUGAACGUGCCUGUGGAGUGUUGCUACAGGGAUCCCAUAAAGCUUGGUUGCUCUAUUCAUAGAGAGCUCCUUGGCUCGCACUUUCGCCACAGCUUC